GGAGAGGCGAGGACCCAGGUGGUGGUAGUCGGAGCCACGUUCCCGAUGGGGUUGAGCCAGAUGCUGGCAAAGUUCACUGAUGUGGGCUGGUUCAUCACCCUCACCACCCAGAACCUGCACCGUCUGCUGCCCCAUGUCCAGCAGAAGUUUGUCCGCCUCAAGGGCCAGGACAAGCUGCCUGAACUGCUGCAGCUACUCAAGGAGCGCCCAGUGUCUGGUGGGGCUGUCAUCAUCUUCUGCAACAGUGCCAGUACGGUCAACUGGCUGAGCUAUAUCCUGGAUGACCACAAAAUCAAGCAUCUGAGGCUGCAGGGACAGAUGUCAGCAGCUGCUAGAGCUGGCAUCUUUGCCUCCUUCCAGAAGGGUGACGUCUCUGUCCUUGUCUGCACUGACCUUGCCUCGCGGGGGCUGGACACCAGCAGUGUGCAGCUAGUAGUCAACUAUGACUUCCCAGACACCCUGCAGGACUACCUGCACCGCACAGGGCGGGUUGGACGGGUCAGAAGCAAGGGGCCUGGAGCUGUGGUUAGUUUUGUCACCCAUCGAUGGGAUGUGGACCUUGUGCGGAAAAUAGAGACUGCGGCUCGGAAAAGGAUGGGUCUCCCAGGCAUGGACUCCUCUAUUAAUAAACCUCUGCCUAAAACAGGUUGA